GGAGGAGGGAAGCAGAAGAAGCAGAGGCUGAAACUUGGACUAGACAACAGUAAUUUUCUCCUGUGAGAGAGAAGAAGCACGGGCAUAACAAAUGAUGGAGAGUCUUUUGUUGUCUCGUCUCUGUUUUCUCUGAUUUGUUGUAAAGCUUUGGAGGAUUGUCUGGCUGCGGUGGAGACCAUCUGGCUGGAGUUUAAUCAGGAUUGUAUGCUGUCAGCCCUUUUACCAACUGUGGCCACUUGCAUAGAUGACAGACACUUCAUCUGCGUAUGUAAACAAGUGUGUGAGAGUGUGAGCCUUGUCCUUGGUGUGACUCAACCUGAAUUAUUGCCGCCACCAGACGUGACAGUGUGCAUGUCCUGAUUUUGUCCUAUCAGGACAAUACAACAUGAGUGAAGGAGAAAACCAUUCUAUACUCACCCAUCAUCUGUAAAAGUAGUGGUGUGAUCAUCCCACCGUGUCCUGAGAGCUCAGGUCAGUCAUGGAGUCUGUGGUGAGAGUAAAGAAGUCGCUGAGGACGCCCUUCAGGAAGCUGACCAGCUGUGUGUCGGGGGUGAAGGAGAGAAGGUUGUGUGCCAAACGUAGGAACAGGAGGGGCAGAGGUGGUGGAGGAAGAGGAGGAUGCAACAGGAUGGGGAGGACCCCUCCUCUCCGAACUGCACACCCCAAUGACCCGUUAGUCUUCCGCUCGUACCAGGCAGACCUGGAGAAGGAGAGAAAGCUGCGGGAAGCAAUGAACGCUCAGAAGAAUGCAGAGAGAGCAGCUAUGAGAGCUCACUUCAGGACAAAAUAUCAGCUGUCUGAGAGCCUGAAGGACACGAACCACCUGAGGUCUGUUGGAGGGAAAGUGUCACUCCCCCAUGAGCUGUCGAAGAUCAUUCAUCCUGAAACCAAGACCAAGGACAACGGUUUCAACCUGCUGAGCGCCUUCCAAGGCCUCAGCUUCAACACAGUGGCACUCACAGGCAGGAAACACAGCAAGACGUCCACUCCAGCACCAGCGAGGAGGGACUCUUGUAAAGUCAUGUGAUCACAGGGACGAUCAGCACACUCACGCUCUGAUUGUGUGGAGUUGUUUAAAAAAAAAAAAAACAGCAGGAGAGAUACGAUCAUAUAUGAUUGCUGCUCACACACAAACUGUCCAAUCAUCUCAGUAACCAUGGUUACAGUAUCAAAAGUAAAAAUAGA